UCCGCCCGGGCGCUUUGAGGCCCCUGGAUAUCUGACACAGAUCAAAGACACACACUGAAACCCAGCUGACGGGUCAGGCCAUGGCAUCCUGGGGGCUCCUUGCUGCUGGCGCCUCCUUCCUGGCGUUUCGGGGGCUACACCAGGGGCUGCAGCUCCUGCCUACCCCGGAAUCUACUCGGGACCGCUGGAUGUGGCGGAAUAUUUUCGUUUCGCUGAUUCACAGCUUACUCUCUGGAGCAGGGGCGGUGGUCGGGCUGUGGCUGUAUCCUCAGAUGGUCACCGACCAGAUUAAUGGACACCCAUUCUGGCCACAGGUCCUAGUAGCGGUGUCAGUGGGUUAUUUCCUGGCAGAUGGAGUUGACAUGCUCCGGAAUCAGACGUUGGCCCAAGCCUGGGACCUUCUCUGUCACCAUUUGGUGGUGGUGAGCUGCUUCAGCACCGUGGUUCUGUCUGGCCGCUACGUGGGCAUCGCUUUGGUAUCACUACUUCUGGAGUUGAACUCCGUCUGUUUGCAUCUCCGGAAGCUACUGCUGCUCUCCCAUAAGGCUUCAUCCUUGGCCUUCAGAGUAAUCAGCUGGGCCACCCUGACCACCCUGGCCCUCUUCCGCCUCCUACCUCUGGGAUGGAUGAGUCUUUGGUUGUUUCGGCAGUGCUCCCUGCUGUCCUGUGCUAAGGUCAUCCUUUAUGGAACUGCGCUGGUCACCGUGGGUCGCAUGAGCAUCUCCCUGGGUACCCGCAUUCUGAUCAGGGAUGUCUUGCAGUCCCAACCUAACCCAUUUGUCCUUGUGCACAAGACUCAGCAGACCAAGACAGGUGAGCCUGUCUCGAGGAACAAUUCUACUCGAAGUCUGAAAGACUAGAGAUGGAAGAGGUCUCCUCUUCUGUCAGUCCGGGGGAGGUAGGCUGAGAAGAGGAGAUGCUAGCCUUUACUGCGUAGUCGGCUAUGUAGUGAGGGCUGCACUGUAUCAAGCAUUUUAGGACAUUCUCCAGCUAACUUGCAUCUCUCCCCCUCCCAAGAUCUAAGAAGAAAUGUGGAUGUUAGUGGCUUGAGAAACUAGGUUACUGCUCACUGAAUUCCUUUGCUCCAGAAUAAGGGCAGACAAUGGGAGAGGAGGUCCUUCUAGAAUCAGAGAUACCUGGCAUGGAGGGGGCAGGGCCAGCGGCAGAGAGACCUCUCUUAUGAUCAAAUUCUGGCAGUAAGAUAAGAGCACAAGAAACUAUCUGCUGCCAGUAGGGAUGGGCAUGGCAGUUGCCAGUGACAGACAGAAACCAGGCCACUGCAGUUGCUGCUGAUACUUCUGGUCAUGUAAGUGAAGCUGUAAGUCCUGAAACUGUACUCAACUCUACUCUACCGCAUGCAGGCUUUUGUUAGUUUGGUUGGCUUUGGUUUUUUCAAGAUAGGGUUUCUCUGUGUAGCCUUGGCUAUCCUCAACUCUCUUUCUAGACCAGGCUGGCCUCAAACUCACAGAGAUCUGUCUGCCUCUGCCUCCUCAGUGCUGGGAUUACAGGCGUGCUCCACUGCUCCCAGGUGAAUACAAGCCUUUCUAAUUCAUGUGUAUCUUCUGACCUUUUUAGAGAAAUGUAAACUUGGGUUGGGGAGAUGGCUCAGAGAUUAAGAGCACUGGCUGUUCUUCCGAAAGCCCUGAGUUCAAUUUCCAGCACCCACACGGUGGCUCACAACCACCACAGAAGGAACUGAGGUACUGUGGAACUGAGGAACUGUGAUCACCCAGUGCAAAGCUUUUCAUGGCAGAGGUACAGCAGGGGAGAGGGGCCUCCCUAUUCCCUGCAGAGGGGCAGGACAUCUGACUAACUCUCUCUGGAGUCUUUUGAAGGCUCUCUCCUCCUAUUGUAGCAAGUUCCUAUUGUAGGUCUUGUCCCUUUCUAGUUCAAAUGUCCAGGUUAUAGAACUGCAGAGCAGAUUAAAGUCACUGUUGUACUGAAUGUCAGGGCAGAGAGUGAAAACUCUCAAACAUCCACAGAAAAGAUGCAGGAGCUAAAACAAGAGACAGGAAGGGCUUUUAAAAAUUGCUGCUAAAGGGUCUGGAGAGAUGGCUCAGUGAUUAAGAGCACUGUCUGCUCUCCCAAAGGACCUGUGUUCAAUUCCCAGCAACAACAUGGCAGCUCACAACUAUUGGUAACUGUUGGUAACUCCAGUUCCAGGUGGUCUGACACCCUCAUACCAAUGCACAUAAAAUAAGUUAUUUUUAAAAAACACUGCUAAAGCCUGGCAUGGUGGCUCUUAAUCCCAACACUCAAGGAGGCAGAGGCAGACAGAUUGCUGAGUUUGCGGCCAGCCUGGUCUACAAAACGAGUCCAGGACAGGUAAGACUAUACACAGAAACCCUGUCUUGAAAAAAACAAACAAAAAAAGUGCUGCUAAACUGGGCAGUUGUGGCACACACCUUUAAUCCUAGCACUCAGGAGGCAGAGGCAGGUGGAUCUCUGAGUUUGAGGCCAGCCUGGUCUACAGAGUGCGUUCCAGGACAGCCAGGGCUACACAGAGAAACCCUGUCUUGAAAAAAAAAGAAAGAAAGAAAGGAAAAUAAAAGAAAACCUAAAACCGCUGCUAAGAAAUGAAGGGAGAGAAAGAGAGAGGAUGGGGAAGGUAAGUGUGCACAGACAGAGGCCUGGGAAGAAGAGAGAAAGAUUAAACUCAUAGAGAAGCCAGGCAAAGAGAUCUUAAGGGUAAGGAAGAGCAAAGAUUCAGCAGACAUAUUGAGAAAAGUUGUUACAGGGGCUAAGAGGAAACCAAAUCGUAGCAUUGAUAAAAUGAUCAAAAAGAAGGCAAGAAAGUGGGACAGAAAGGGACCCCAAGAAAGGAACAGCUAGUCUACACAUCAAAAUAUUAAAAGCAGACUUAGGAGAGACGGAGGUGAAGUGGCAAAUGGAGAGGUUAGCAGGGUAGGAGGAGAGGUGGAAAUGGAGAAGGCAGGGAUUAGAGAGGGUCCUAAGAAGCAGGGUCAGAGGCAGGAGAGGAGGGCAAUAGGAAGGUUUGCUAUGUAGAAACAGGAGGCGUGUUGAGCUGGAGACGAGCAGAGAGACAAAGCACAGGCAGCCGCAGUGAGACACAAGGACAGGCUGAGGGAGGAAGAGGCUGGUGGGUAGAAGAGGUCAGAGAUGUGCAGUGAGACAGAGAGAUAAACCAGAGUGGAGGAGAGUCACCGGGCAGGGCGGGGGUGGGGUGGAGGCCAAAGAAUUAGGUAACAUCCAAAAGAAGCAAAACCAAGAAGGAGCAAAGGGAUAGAGAGAGAGAGAGAAAGAAAAAGAACGAGAAGCAGAGAAAGAGAACUUUGCAUGAGAGCUCCAUUACAGUCAGAAAAAGAGGACAAGGCGGGUAAUAACAAGGAAAGAUUGGAGACUGGCAAGGUGGCACAUGUUGAUAGCAUUUGGGAAUGACGAGCAGAAGGAUCAGGAGUUCAAAGCCAGCCUGGGCUACAUGAGACCCUGUCUCAACAAACAAACAAACCAAAAAAAGAAAAAGAGAAAAAACUGGACCUCAUGAGGUCCAGAUUGUCAGGUGUGGGAGUCCUCAAGGCUGACUGACCAUCUUGCCCAGCAACUUGCUGGUAGACUCUGUCUUCUAGCAAAGGGGAGGAACUUCACUGAGGAGAGAAUAUUUAAACUCAAGGUCUCAGAACGCUAUCCCUAUUGUACAUGAAUAAAUCACUAUGUAAAGAA